CCCCCCCCCCCCCCUGCAGGGCGGGUAGGUUGGUUGCGGCGGACAGUGCACGGGCACACGUGGCAGCGUUUGCACUUUCUUUUUUGGCAAAUUCUCGGUGUCAAUAUUUUUAGUGUGGUGCCUGCGGGUUGUUGUGCUUUACUCUUCCUCUCUCUACCAAUCUCUCUCUCUCUCUCUCUCUCUCUCUCUCGCUGUCUGUCUCAUAGUCACUUUGUCGCGUUAAGUUCGGUUCACUCUUGUGUACGUCUGUACGAGUGUGUCCUCUGUGUGUGAAAAAAUCAAAUCUCAUGCCAAUGCCGAUUAGAAGCGGUUGUAUUGAAUUCUUUUUCUGCAGGAACUACGUCAAAUACCUCCGAUGGAGAUACUAUUUGGCUUUUUUUUGUGAUAAACUGGGUUGCACCAGUACUCAGCUUAACGGAGAUAUACUUGCUUAACCGACUAGACAUUGCAACUACGACCUAGACUAGAGCAAUUCUAUGUAGGGGUCAGAAUUCUUCCUAUUGGACAACUGGGCCAUAACACAACAAGUUUAAUGAAUUCCAACGACUCGCAGCCGCAAUGGAUUAAUUAAACCUUUUCUUUUACGGCGAAAGUAGAUUGUUCUUGAAUGUUGGAAUAUCUUAGCUAUUCCUACAAUCUACAGUCUGUCUAAGCAACCAAAUGUUUUCCAUUUCGAAAUGUUCAAUUAGCGAGAAACCACUAUUGCCACAUAAAGUCUACAUUCUGUACGUUGCACCUGUACACUGUGUGGCGUUGGAAUUUAAAUUGCAUUUUAAAUUGGAAGAAACCGGGGAAAAACGCUUCCAAUCUUAUUCAACUUUGCCAGUGUUGCAAACUUUGGCAUCGCGACGUAGGUGCAAUUGGGCCUUUCAAAUGGGCACGUUACUAGUGGUGAGAGCUCGGAAUCGGACCUACUCGAUUCCGAUUCCGUGUUUGGAAUCAAUUCCGGAGCCGAUUCCGAUGCUGGGAUCGAUUCCGAUUCCGAAGUCGAUUCCGGAGCCGAUUCCGGAGUUGGUUCCGGAGCCGAUCCCUGAAUUGAAAAUCCGGAGCCGAUUCCGGAGUUGGUUCCGGAGCCGAUUCCGGAGUCGACUCCGGAAUCGAUUCCGGGAUCGGAUCUCGAAUCGAUUCCAGGUUCGGAAUCAGCUCCGGAAUCAGAAUCGUCUCCGGAAUCAGAAUCGACCUGGGAAUCGCAAGUUGCUUCGGUAACGGAAUCAGGCUUAACCCCAGAAAUGGAGUUAGCUCCGGAAUGAGAAUUAGUUUUUGAAUUGAAAUAAGAAUUGUGGGAAGCGAAAUAUGUCCGGGAAUCUCCAUGUAGAUAGAUCAUUUACAAUAGAUCAUUUACAAGUAAAUUUUGAUUUUUUGCCGAUAUUCUAUGAAGAUGCCAAAACCGACUCCGUUUCGAAGCCAAUUGUGAUUUCGGAGUCAAUUUCGAUAUCGGAGCCGAUUUUGAUUCCGGAGCCAAUUCCGGAACCGAUUCCAAUUCCGGAGCUGAUUCUGAUUCUGGAGCCAAAUCCGAAAACUUCGGAGCUAGCCGGAAUCGAUUCCGAUGAAAUCUUCAUUUUUCCCAUCACUACACGUUACGCUCUGCGAAAAAUUGGAAUUUUCAAAAAACCCAACUGUUGCGGCGUAGGCGGCUGGCCAAAUCAUAUGGACCAAUUGUCAUGUGUUGAUGCGAAAAGUGUGUCCCUCUUUUCUCUCUCGCUCUCUUGUUUGGCUUAGUUGCAUGAGCAUCAACAUCAAUGCGUGGCUUGUUGCAGGAAGGUCAUUUAAUGCGGUGCAAAGUUAGUACCUGCAACACACCUUUUGCUUGUUGGACUUGGCUGGCACGUGUUCAACACGUCCACGUGUGUCACCGUGUCACGUGUGGAUGCGAUGAUUAGUCGCGAGCUCAACCAAGAUCAACUACUCACCGGAAUGCGGGCAAUAAACGCCCCCGCUCCCUCCCUCCCAAAGCUCCAGCAAAGCAUUGUCAGCAGCGCACCUCCAAGCCGGCAGAGGUUAAGACAAGGAGACGAACUAUUCAAGGUAACUAACUAGCGAUCCAGGAAGAUGACGCCAUCAGAACUGCAAACGCUCCUGAUUGGACGUCUCCGGCUGUGCAGUAGAGUACAGAUGCAGGUGAAUCAGCAAGCUCAACGUAAUCAGAGGCUGUAAAUAAUUGCCGGAUGCGGCCGGAUGACCCAGCAAGCGAUAGGUCAGAAGCGAUCUGUAAUUGCCACUUCCUGGAUGACUCCAUAGCAAGCACAAAGGACGCCCAACCCGUACGCAAAAAAAAACGCUGUCGACGAAACGACCUGCAAGCAACGGGCAGCUCAAAAUCAUGCGAGGAAAACCCUUUGGAAGACUGCACAUCAGCAUCGCGUGUGCAGUGUGUUUGCUUUGGAAAAGCGCUGCAUCGAAAACGUUCAACCAAAAAAAAACACACACACACAACGGUUUUAACAUAAUAAUGCGUCGAAAAUAUCGCAAAAGAGCGCAAACCCACCCACCCCGUCCGCCCCGAUGUUGAUGGGUGGGGAAAGCCAACACCCAACGGGGGGAAACUAUUUAGGUCGCAUGCAUCAUUUCCCUGCAGCGCGGCCCAUCAUCCCGCAUCUCGCCAGUUCGUCGCUUAAAGCGUGUGCUCGUAUGUGUGUGCAUUUUUUCACCUUCUACUCAUCACUCCGCACAGCUCUGUGUCUAUCUCUCUCUCUCUCGCUCUCGGGAGUCUCAAAUGAACAAUUUCCCACAUGCCCGCUUCGCUUUGUUGUGCCGCUUCCGUCCAACAAUGUGGAGGGUGCGAAGGGACAGGCUUAGCGGCAGGUGUAGAGGGGACGUGGACCUUCAGGUGACCUGAAAUAGUCGGUGCUGAUGCUGCUGCUGCUGCUGCUGCGGGUAAGCGCAGGGAUGAGGGCGGUGUACUCAGGGCGUAGGCGCACGCUGAGCGCACUCACUGACAGAGAGCGAGAGAAGAAGAGAAAAAAAAUUGUGAAUAAAGCUGAAAACGACAACUUCAACAAUUCUGCCAUUUUUACCAACAAACGAGUCAAUGGGGGAGUCGGAGGCAGGGACGGUGCAGCCCUUGUAAUGCAAUAGAAUAUAAUGAUUCCAACACCACCAACAACAACAACGCACUACGACAACUAUAACAGACAAAAGAGAGCAGUAAGAGGCCGUCGCAGAGCUACAACUACUACAGGUGCAAAACGCUCGCGUGUGUCCUAGAUGGUAUAGGUGACUGUUGCUGUUGCGACUCUUGCAAUCACUCUUGCAAUCACUGCGACUCCCACACACAUUUCCAGCGUUAGAAGAGAGGCACAUCAAACAACGAGCAGGUGAGUGCUGCUGAGUGCCAGCCAGAAGCGGCAUUACGGGAACCCUGCAGCUAGGUACAGCCCUACCCCACCCCGUAGCGUUAGAUGUACACACAGAGAAAAUGCACCUCAACACACGCACACCAAAGCCCACCGUCCCAGGAGUGAACGGUUCCAGCUAGAAAGCCGCGAAUCGCCUGAAAGUGUGGUGGUGAUGAUCGCCUGGAGUCCGCGACCCCCCCUUUGGAGAAGCCUAGCCGAGUGACGGUGGCUGUGGAAGGUUUUGCGCACGGUCGCCCAGUACCGGACGAACCGUCGCCAGUCACUAUUCCACGCGCAAAGCUGCUCGAUUCCAGUGUCCGAAAUAUCCACCGGUUGUUUUGUGUGUUUUUGUUGUUUCCUGUGUUGGUUCUUGUAUUGAUCACCACCCCAUCCCCUGUUGGACGCGCUGAGCCUAGAAUGGAUCUGGCUGUGGAAAUGUCGACGCUGAAGCGCCGGAACCGCACCAAACUGCGCCAGCAGCUGCACAGUGAAUACGAUUUGCUCGACCCAUCAGCGUCUCCGAUGGUCACGAGCCAGGUAGAGGUAGCCGAGCGGUGCGAGACCACCACCCUGCGUACCAUGAAGCUCACCGUUACCGGUUCGGACCAGAAGCUGCCCGCAGUUCGCCCGGGUACGCCCACGCUAGCGAACUUCGACGAAUGCUUCGAGCCCGACCGCGAUGAAGCGAAGGAGUUGGAUGCCAUCGAUAACGAGCUGUACGAAUAUUUCGCCCGGCUCGAUUGGGAGGAGGUGGCUUCAAUACCUGAACUGGAGUACGAUAAGAAACGUUUGUGCUUGUGGGAACCGAUACCGCUAGAAGACCCGGCUACCCUAGAAGACCCUGUGCCGCUAGAGGACCCGGUACCGGCAGAGGGCCCAGUACCAGCAGAGGACCCAGCACUGCCAAAGGAUCCACUAUCGCUAGAGCAUUCGGCACCGGUAAAGAACCCGAUACCGCUACCGGACCUGGCACCAGCAAAGAACCCAGUACCGCUACCGGACUCGGCACCAGCAAAGAACCCAGUACCGCUACCGGACUCGGCACCGGCAAAGAACCCAGUACCGCUACCGGACCCGGCACCGGGAAUGAACCUGGCGCUAGCGGAGCCGGAGCCGCCAGAGUACUGGGAAGUGUACUCGGAAACGACCGAACCGGUCGCUCCCAACGGCUGGAUCGCGUACAGUCGCUCCCUGUUCUUUAGCUGCUUUUCGUGCGCGCUGUUCUUCAGAGGUGCUGACCAGGACGAGCAUUAGGAUGUGACAUCAGUAGUUUUGUUUUUUUUGUUUUUGUUGAUUUUACUUUUUUGUUGGCGCACCGGUGUAGUGUCAUUUGUGUGAGUGGGUGUAUGUGUGAAUUCGUGUGUGUGCGUGUCGGUGUGUGUGUGUGUGUGUGUGUGUUUGUAUGUGUGUGUAAGACGAUAGUUAGUGCUAGCCAGAAAACAGUGAACUUCCAGAAAGUUAUCCCAAGUUAUCCGUGACGUCAAACGUUUAACACUCUCUUUGAACGCACGCGCGUGUGUUGAUGCUGUCUAUGUGUGUUUCAAAUGCGAUCGUUCGAUAUACGUGUCAUGCAAACAAUAUUUGAACACAAAAAAAAACAUGUAGAGCACCUCACCCUACCCGUGUUCUCAAUGCGCCAUUCAUUACCGCGAGAGCGAGAAAAAAACCGCUCAGACAGAAUAAAAGCCGCCACUGAUUGACUCUGUUUUUCCAAACUUCUGCCUCCCUCCCCAACAUCUCUCUCUCUCUGUCUCUCUACACCCACCAACCCACCCUCGUGGUCUGUGACGUCCCA